AUGGCGUGGGAUCAUUUGGAUAUCGAUAAGCCGCAUCUGGCAUACAUGAUUUUGGGUGGAUUUACUGGCCUGUUCAUGCUGUGCUCACUCUUCGUGAAAGAAAAGCUCUACAUCGGCGAAGCUACUGUCGCCACCCUUUGCGGUAUCAUCUUCGGCCCACAUGCUGCCAAUUUAUUCAACCCCCACGAAUGGGGCAACGUCGAUAAAAUCACACUCGAGUGCUCCCGCAUCGUCCUGGUCGUACAAUGUUUCGCCGUCGGUGUCGAAUUGCCCAAGGCUUACAUGGAGCGUCACUGGAAAUCAGUAACCCUCUUGCUCGUCCCCGUCAUGACCUGGGGCUGGCUGGUCACUAGUCUAUUCAUCUGGUGGAUGGUGCCGCCAUUGAACUGGCUCGACAGUCUUGUCUGUGCCGCCUGUGUUACUGCCACCGAUCCUGUCUUGGCCUCGUCCGUCGUCGGUAAGGGUAAGUUCGCCAAGCGUGUGCCCAAGCAUUUGCGAGAUCUUCUCUCUGCCGAGUCCGGCUGUAACGACGGCAUGGCCUUCCCUUUUAUCUACCUCUCAUUCUACAUUUUGCGUUACAGACCCAAUGUUGGGGAAGUCUCGCUGAAUUGGUUCUGCGUGACCAUUCUGUACGAGUGCAUCUUUGGCGCGAUCUUUGGCUUCGCUAUUGGUUAUUUUGCCCGCCAUGCCAUCAAGCUGGCUGAGCGCAGGGGUCUCAUUGAUCGUGAGAGUUUCCUAGUGUUCUACUUCGUCCUGGCGGUCUUCUGUGCCGGCUCCGGUAGUCUAUUGGGCAUGGACGAUUUGCUUAUUGGAUUCUCCUGCGGUGUCGGUUUCAGUAACGACGGAUGGUUCACAGAGAAAACUGAAGAGUCACACGUCUCUAACGUCAUCGAUCUGCUGCUUAACUUGGCAUACUUUGUCUACUUUGGAGCCAUCAUUCCCUGGGAGGACUUCAACAACAUUGAGCUCGGCCUUGUGCCUUGGCGCUUGGUGGUGAUAGCGUUGUUGGUCAUUUUCUUCCGUCGCAUACCCAUCAUGCUUCUCUUGAAACCAAUUAUACCGGACGUUAAAACAUGGCGAGAAGCUCUGUUUGCGGGUCACUUCGGCCCUAUUGGUGUCGGUGCCAUCUUCGCUGCGAUUCUCGCUAGAGCCGAAUUGGAAAACGAUAGCACACAGCCCUCUCCAGAAGACAGUUUACCCACGCCAGGGCAGGAAGAUUACUACCUUAUCAGGCUGAUCUGGCCCAUAACCACGUUCAUGGUCAUCUCAUCCAUCCUUGUCCACGGAUCCUCCAUCGCCGUGUUUACCCUCGGUAAACGCAUCAAUACCCUGACGGUCACGCUUUCCUAUACUCAGGCCAACGAGGACGGUCCUUCAUGGAUGAACCGUCUGCCCCGUGUCCAGUCAAUUGCCAAGGGCUCUAUGUCGUUCCGCAAGGCGGAUGAGGUAGAUUCCUCGGAGGAAAGGCUGCCUGAAUACCCACCUGGAACCUUGCCGCCUAUUGGUUUGCCCAACAACUUCCUACGUCGCCAGCGCGAGGAGGAGGAUAGUGAAUCCCAGAUUUCUGCGACUCAGAACAAGCCUGUUCGUCGUCGCAAGCGCCGCAAGCACCCCGCUGGUGGGCCCAUUAGUCAAUCUGCAAUCAUGCCGGCUCCGCGACCUGCCGAGAGCGAGGGUGAUGAUGAGAAGAAUCAAGAAGAGCUUGCUGAACGGGAUGCUAUUGAACGUGGUGCCUCACCUCCCAGUGCAGAGCGUGACCGCUUUGGUCGCGAGCCAGAGAUUGAAGCCUACCAAGAAGGUCACAACAUGAUCAUCGAGGAUGAAGAAGGCAAUGUCCUCCAGACCGAGGACACUACCAACAUGACAACCGAGCAAAAGCUUCAAGAAAUCGAGAAGCAGCGCAAGCGUCUGGAGGAGGACAAGACUGGAGAAUUCGCCCCAUCUCUUAACCAGCCUCACCCCAAGAAUGAAGGCGAGGAAGCUAAGCAAGCCGUUGCCGAAAAGGCUGGACUCUCUGCGGGUAAGGCCCGCAAGGGAUGGACCAGCUGGAUUGGACGUGGAAAAGACAAGGAAACGUCUGCGCAGGAAAAGCCACCCAAGGCCGAUACCCCCAAGUCCAAGCACCGGUCUGCGCAUGCCUACCAGUUUGGUAACACUAUCAUUGUGGAGGACGAGGACGGAGAGGUGCUCAAGAAGUACACCAUUCCAUCCAAUGACAAGGGACCAAAGCCCAAGCCCCCGCCUGAAGAGGACCCUGCUGCUCCUCCUGGUCACGCACCAAUUAGGCGUGGUCUCACCCGUAUGGGCACCUGGUUUGGAAUGGAAGAAGAAGGAGAAUCGUCUCAAGCUGGCCAGAAGAAGACUAAGCCUGCUCCGAGAACUGAGACUGACGACUGGACCACCGAUGACGGUUUGCGUUUCACGCUAGCCCAGAAUGACGACGUUGACGCUCGCGGCGGUAUCGGGCACAAGGGCCGCCGUAUGAACAAGCUAGAGUUCUUCCAGCAGCUCAAGGGUCUUGAUGCCAAGGAGCGUCGUGAUGUGGUGCAGCAGACGGACGCGCCAGCCGCGAUCCAACAAGCUGCCAAGGACGACGUGAAGGAAGAGGAACGCAAAGAUAGUCGACUCUCCGCCGCUGCGGCUGCCUCUGCCGUCGCCACUACCGGUGCCAUUCCCGAGGAAGCGGCCGAGGAUCUCGAAUCUGUCACCGACAGCGAGAUCAGCGAUGAUGAGUCCGGUGACGGAGCCCCAACCCCCGACGUCGCCAGCUCCCUUGCCAAGUUUACCCGCGGCAGCUCUGCCCAGGAACGUCGCAGCAACCUCAGCCCUGCACCUGCUCGUCUCCGUGCCCGUCGUGACUCCGACGACGACGGAACCGAGCGUAUCCCUCCCUCGCGUCUCCGUCGAGCUGCCGGUAUCCCUGCCCCAUCUCGCCAAGCCGACGACGAUACUGGCGAGACACCUGCCGAGCGUCGUCGUCGUCUUGCUGCCCUGGGCCAAGAUGACAACGAUGAUGACUCUGACUCCGAUGAUGACGGAGCUAUCGAGGAUGAUUCGGAGAGUGACGAGAAAGAUGACGAUAAUCAAACAGCCGGCAAAGUGCAGUUCGCCGACUCGCUCAAGCCUUCAGAAGCCCCCCCAAAGUGGUGA